AUGGAAUCGCCGGACAUUGCAGAGGUACUGGCACGCUUGCGCAUCGAGCAAAGGCGUGCAGCAGCUUGGCAACAAUUGCAUGGGCCGCUUGGCGACGGGUCCACAUCCGAGCAGACUGAGGAGAGCGCGGAAGACAAAUACAAGCAGGCAGUGAUCGAACUUCGGAUAACAUGUCCCGAGGUCAAGUCUCUCACAAAGCUGCUAGGUCAAGCCAAGCAGCAGGAGGAGGAGAAGAAGGAGGAACAGCGAGAUGCGGAAAUGCAAGAGUUUGGCAAGCAGCUUCUUCACCUGGAGGAGCUGGCGAAGCUCCGGGCCCUGGACGUCAAGGAGGAUUUGCGUGACCGGGAGGUCAUUGAGUUCAAGCAGGAGCUCAAUACCUUGGAGGAACAGCAGCGGCCGUCGCAGUGGAGUGACGGUGACAGACUAUGUGUAGAGUCUCCUGCUGACUUGCGGCUGGUGGAGCCUGGAGAAAAAGGCGCGGCGCGGCGGUGCGCGGUCUUUCAUGGGGCGCCGCAGCGACAGCCGUCACAGAGUGCCCUGGCGUGGCGUGAGCAGCGGGAGAGCCGUGGGAGAGCCGAGAGCCGAGCACAAGAGACGUCCUCGCCUCGCAUGCUACGCUUUCACCACGACGGCAGACAGAGCACGUCUACCGUCUACCCGCCUACCCUCUCGAUGCCACUGAAGCUUUGUCCGAGGAGCGUCGAGAUGACCGGCGUGGAGAUCGAAAGCGAGUGGAUAGAAGGGACUCCAGGUCACUCGAUCGUGACUCCAGACGGCCUGGCAUCCGCCGUGAUCGGAGUGAUUCACGAGCUCGAGACAGCCUGCGAGAGAAACGAGAAAGGUCUAAUGGAAAUGCCGGCCGGCAGAGCGACGUCGCUCUGCCAAGGAAAAGCACAGGACAGCACGAUGAGGAUGCUGGUGCAGGCAAUGCCCCUGGUGUGCAACAACAGGGCGGAUCUGCGCUUCGUUCAAGUUUGGAACAUUCCGCCAGACGUUCUCAAGAAGUUUGUCAAGAAAGCUGGUGGAAGCUCUGCAAGCAUGGCACCAGUUGGGGCGCAACUGGUCAUGGUCAAAUCCCCGACCGCGCAUGCAGACGUGCAAACGGCGGUGCUGGAAGCGAAGUCAAUACCGGAGGCUGAGGCUUUGGUCGGUGCUAUCGAGAAGUGGAAAGUCGGAAUUCCAAAGAUGAAGGCGAAGGUCAUCUCUGAAGAGGACUUCGAGAACUUGUUGGAAAAGAGCACCACGUGCGUUGUCUUCGUCAAGAACGUGCCGGAGGACAUCGAAGAUGAGAGUGACAUCAAAAACAUGGGAAAGGACAUUGAGAGGGCGCAGAUUGGGCACCACCCACAGCAUGGAAGGUAUGCGAUCAUUCAGGCGCGAAGUCACGGAGCUGCUCGAUCCUGUGUGGAUGUCUUCAACAUUCCUCACAGCGGCGGUGUCAUGACUGCGGAGCUCAUGACUGUAUACCAGCAAGAGAUGGUGCUGAAGGGCAGUUCGCAAAGCGCAUCCAGAAAGCGAAAUGGGCAACGACGCUCGAGGAGUCGCCGGCGAUGA